CUCCCGGAAGUAAAUUGCCGAAUCGCGGCGCUCGAAAAUCCUAUACUUUAGAGAAGACAGCUUAAACUAGCACAUUUCCAAAACAAUUGUUUAUUGUUUCUUGAAAUUUUGAUAAGUCAUUUUGAAUGACCUGACUGUCCUGACCAGCUACAAAGAGCAUGGCUGCAGAUUGGCUGGGAAGCCUGGUGUCGAUCAACUGUGGGCCAACGUUAGGCGUGUACCAGGGGGAGGUGUCUUCAGUGGACCAGUCCAGCCAAACCAUCUCUCUCCGGCAGCCUUUCCACAAUGGUAUCAGGUGCCCAGUUCCAGAGGUCACAUUCAGUGCCAUGGACAUCAAAGAGCUGAAGAUCCUGGAUAUUCGAAAUGGCACCAGACCAGCAGCGAACCCUGCCCCUAUUGGGCACAGCGGACGAAAUGGCCGCGUGGGGAGCCAGGCAAGCAGCGCCCCACUGCCGGUGCCACACAGAGGAGAACCGAGAUCAUCUGAGGGGCUUAAUUCACCACAGCAGUGUUCCAAAAGCUACGGGGAGCGCCACCUAGAGGGCCCUGGGCAAGCCAAAGUAUUUCGCCGAAGGCACAACUCUUGGUCCUCCAGCAGCCGCGGUGUGAGCCAGGCUACGCCGAAGAAGAAUGGGGCCAAGAAUGGCGUCGGUGGCGGGGCCAUGAAGAUGAAGGAUGACGAGUGCUUUGGCGACGGCACCGACGAGGGCCUGGACACAGACUUCGACUUCGAGGGCAACCUGGCGCUCUUCGACAAGGCCGCCGUCUUCUCUGAGAUCAACACCCUGGAGCGUCGCGGCAAUGGGGCCCGGGCGCCCGGCGAGCGCACACCCUCCCGCUAUCGCCACGACGAGAACAUCCUGGAGGGCGUGCCUGUUGUGUACCGCCAGAUUGCUGUGCCCCAGCCUGGGGGCAAGGAGUACUGUACCGACUCGGGCCUGGUGGUACCCAGCAUUCCCUAUGAACUCCACAAGCGCCUGCUGGCCGAGGCCGAGAGGCUGGGGCUGUCGUUGGAGCGGCGGCUGGAGAUGACCGGGGUGUGUGCCAGCCAGAUGGCGCUGACUCUCCUGGGUGGGCCCAACAGACUGACCCCCAAGAACGUGCACCAGCGCCCCACGGUGGUGCUGCUCUGCGGACCCCACGUGCAGGGCGCGCAGGGAAUCGGCUGUGGCCGCCACCUGGCCAACCACGGUGUGGAGGUGGUGCUCUUCCUCCCCAACUUCGUCAAGAUGCUGGAGGCCGUCACGGUGGAGCUAGCGCUCUUUGGCAAGACCGGUGGGCAGCAGGUGUCGAGCGUGAGAGACCUUCCCGACGGCCCCGUGGACCUGGUCGUCAAUUGCCUGGACUGCCACGAGAAUGCCUUCCUGAGGGAACAGCCCUGGUACCGGGCUGCGGCCGACUGGGCCAACCAGAACCGGGCCCCUGUGCUGAGCAUCGACCCGCCUGUGAGCGGCCGGGAGCAGGCCGUGGAGGCCAAGUGGUCGCUGUCCCUGGGGCUGCCGCUGCCUCUGGCGGAAAGUGCCGGACGCGUCUACCUGUGUGAUAUCGGGCUGCCACGCCAGGUGUUCCCCGAGGUGGGCAUCACAUACCGCUCGCCCUUUGGCUGCAAGUUCGUUAUCCCCCUUCACCCGGCAUAGGUGGGGUGGGGGAAUACAGACGGGGGUGCCGUGGGUCUGGGAGAGGCCCUGGUGGAGAUUACAUCUGAACGUGUCUGUUUCUGGGGGGGGGGAACGACUGUGAUGUGACCUGCCCCCACCCCCACCCCCCCCCCCCCGGGAAGAUGGAGAGCUGCUGUUCUGGAGAGAUAAAAGGCACAGUGCCAAUCUUCUGCUUAAGGAUAGACAGUCUGAGGAGAAAAGCCCUCGUGAAUGAAGCUCCUUUUUUAUUUUGUGACGGAAAGAGAGAAGCCAAACAUCACGUCCUCGGCCAAACGUGUUUACAGCUUGCCUGGUUCUGAGACGCCCUUGGCUGGUUUAUUAUUAUGCUUUUUGGUCUUGUUUUCCCAUUACGCACUGCCGGGCAGCCUGGGCUGUCAGGAGGACUAAUGCUCUUGGAUUGUUCUUGUGUCCGGCGUUGGGAGUCACUCACACAUCCACGUUUGUUUUUACGAAGGUGGCAAACUAACCAUGAGUCUUAUGGGGACUGAGAGACUGCCAGAGAAUAUUAUACAGGUUACACAUGUCACAGGUGAAACGAAUAAGAAAGCCCAUCCGAAGUGUGAAUUCCCCAGUGACGGGGACGUGCUUAUCAGCAUUCGUGUGUUCGAUAGCUGUGGAAUGUCUGCCAGCAGAGAGACGUGACGCUGGGCUGUUCUCAGCACAGAUGUUCCUCACGCUCCGUCCUCAUUAGUUAUUUAUUAACUGUUUCUAUCUCCGCUUCUCCACCCGAUCUAGCCACAUACACUUCUGCAUUAAACGGCUGCAUCUGAAGAAAAGGGGGCUUUUAAUUAAGACAUCUUCCUAUACAUGUACAAGUGUACUUUCCCUUUAAAUUCUGAUAGUAUGUGGGCUGUUUGUCCAGCUGUGACCUGAUAGAGAAGCUGUGCGUUUGUGGAACUGCACUUGCGACAUGUGAACACCAGCCUUUCUGUAUACAGACCUACGGACCUUGGGAUUUGAAUCACCUCCGUUUAAUCGCACAGAACGUGGUCCUGAACAUUCCGGAAGACUCUGAUGUUGACUUGACCUUGUGGAUCUGAACCUUCCCUCCAUCCAUGGAUUGAUGGACUUCGGACUUUGCAGUUUUAUUUUCUUUAACCCUUAAGUCUAGGGUUGGCAUACUGUGACCCCCCCAGUUUGCUGGUUGAUUUCCCAGCAGUUUCCUUCUGUGUUACUGGUCCAGUACAUUAUCUAUACAUUUAUUUGGAUGCCUUCCUCACUGAUGAUCACAUUGAAAUGUUUUCAAGGUGAAAACGUGGCAACAUACUUGCUCUCCAGGUGUGUGGUAUGCUUUAUGGUGAAAUAUGCUGAAAAUGCCGUUGAUUAAAUGGCUAACAUUAUAGCAGGAAUUGGCAAACGUUCAGCCCACAGGGAGCUGUCCGAGUGCAUUUGCCUCUAUUUUGAUUGGCUGAAUGCGCAGUACAGCUCUGACUGCAGCUGUCCAUUCGUGUUUCACUGUGCUCUACUGACGUUCUACUUAUUUAACGUAGCUUCCAAAGAUGUUCGUUCUUUCUUGAUAUUUCUGAUACAGAUGUAUGAAAAAUGAUUAACAAUCGUUUUCUUUGUGCAAAUACUCGGUAUUUCUGGUUAUUGAAAGUUUAGAAAGACUGAAGAGAGACUGCAAAGUUUACAUUGGUUUUAAGCAGCUGGAACAGCUGUGCACUGGCUGCCUGGUUUGUGUUGUCUGUGCUGUUUUUGACAUCAGUCCAGUAAAGCAGUGAGAGGAGCCUUCCGCUGAUCUCUGACACAGCUGUGGCAUGAUGCUGAUGACGACUUCAUAGGCUUGUAUGUGCAUUUGUGACUUACGUCGCCACAGAGCAGCCAGGUGUGCUUCACACUGUAUAUUCUGUAUGUCCCCGUCAUGUGACUGUCUGUAGCUGCCAAGCGUGCGCAGAUGCGCAGUGCUGUUUCGUGAAACGUUCUGCUGUUAUGUAGCAUUAAAUAGCAUAAGACUCAAAGGUGACCAGGGACCAUUAUUUGAAUCAGGGGAAGUAAUAAUAAGGUAAAAACAUAGACAGUUUGGGUCUCUGCUGUUUUGGCCACCAAAAUGGGCCAUAUACUCUGUGCCAGUGUUUCAUAGUGCGGUCCUCGGAGAAUCACAAACAGUCCACGUUUUUGGGAGCAGGGAACUGGGCGGGAGGAAGAAUGUGGACUGGCUGGCAGGGAUGUGGGAGGGAGCAGAAACAUGGACCGGCUGCGGGUCCCAGAGGACCAGAUUGAGAAACCCUGCUCUGUGGCUUUAUCGUUAGGUAGUAAGAGUGCUGUCACGUUACAUUCCCCUAGAGGAGCACAGUUCAUUCUUAAAGCAUUACUAGGGAACAGACUUAAUGCUGCUAAGUCUAAGUUUAGUUUCUUCUGCAGACAGAUGCUAUACAUUAGCUGUCACUUCCGUCUGUCUUGGCUUUCUUAGCCAUUUGUUGCUAAAAGCGUGCAUGUGAUCGAGGUCUGCAUGGAAUCAAGGCGAACUGAAGGUUCUGUGAGUUUUUUUUCCCCCCCAGAAAUCUGUCUCCUUUGUCUUGAGCCCACCCCCCAAGUGAGCUGUUCAGGUUGCGGGGAGGGGCAGGACCAGCAAAACCACUGUAGGAAAUAUGACUUCAAACUUUUGCCUGGGGUGAGAGCGGCGUGUCACCUGGCCCCGGGUCUCUCAAAGUUUUCUUUCAGGAGAGCAGAGUAUGGGAGGUCCUGCAUUCCUGCAUCUCCAGGAGCAGUUUGCAGAGCCUGCGAAGGAUGAGCUGUCAUGUCUGGAUAUGUGCUUUCGUCUCUCUUGCCUGAUCUCUUCUUGCCUGCAAGCCGCUAUUCCUCAGCAACUCUGCGUCUCCAUUGUUCAUACACUAUACCCCCAUGAGCUCUAUUUUAUUUUUAUAUAUUCUGGCCACUUCCAGGCUAUAUGGUUAUAUGUGGAGCUGAUGCUAUUUGUAUACAUUGAGAUAAAUCGUUAUUGAACUUGACUGACCCAACCUUCUGCCAUGUUGAGUUGUAAUUUAAGACUGAAAAAUAAAGUGGAAUACUUGCUGGAAA